AUGAUCACACGCAGCCAAAAGAAGAAAUUGGAGAACGUUACGGUAGUGAGAAACAGGUUUGUUCAAAUCCCUAUAGACCUAGUGAUCGACAUUUUUGGUAGAUUGCCUGUGAAAUCUUUAUCUGGGUUUCUUCUAGUAUCCAAGUUAUGGGAAACAACCAUCCGUAAUGGAGAUUUCUUCACAUCUCGUGUCCUAGUCGCUUUCAUUGAUAUAGAUAGACAAAGGCAACUCCAAGAUUGGUACUUGUUCUCUCCAUCUUCUUCAUCAACUUCAUUUGUAUCAUGUGGUACAUUUCCCCUUCCAAAUCCUGAGCGUGAGUACAAUGCUCAUUACGUUAACGGCUUAAUAAGCCUUGGAUAUGGUAAAGAGCAUCAAUUCAUAACAAACCCUAGCACCGGUAAAACCAUUAAUUUACCUAGCGUCAAAGUCAGGGCAAUAGUUAAUGAGCAGGAAAAGCUGUUGAUCCAUGGUCAUGGUAAUCGUCCGAAAUCAACUCAACAUCAAGUACACACAUUGGGAGCUAAACAAAAACCAUGGAGAAUGAUAGAAUGUAACAUUCCUCACCGUUGUCUAUCUGACGGUCAUGUGUACAUAAAUGGUGUUGUUUAUUAUGUUGCUUACACUAGUGCUGAUUUGUCUCAACUGAGUUUGAUGAGAUUCGAUUUGAAGUCUGAAAAGUUGGAUCUUCUUACUAGUUUAUCCCCGGACAUUGGAGCUCGGCAUCGACAUGAUUCCAUAACUUUGAUAAACUACCAAGGGAAAGUAGCCUUACCGGCAAAAACUUCAACAUACACAUAUGAAGUGUGGAUUAUGGAUCAGGAUGCGGAAACACGUGUGUGGUCGAAGAAAAUUUUUAGUAUCGAACGUUGCGAGGAUUUAAUUCAGUUGAGUUUACACAUCACAGGCACUACUCACACGGGCGAGUUUAUUUUGGCACCAAGGCACUAUUGUGAAGGAUUUCAUGUUAUCCAUUACAAUCCCGACACGAAUAGUUUUAGAAACAUUAAGGUUGAAGUAAACGAAGACUAUGAGUUCAAGCGUCGUUGCACAAGAGCUAUUGUUUUCUCGGAUUACGUAGAGAAUGUUAGGUUGUUGUAG